AUGUUCGAAGUUAAUCUUACCGUCGGAGAAGUCGCAGGUCUUAUCUCUGGGUGCAUCUCACUGCUCCACAUAUUGAUCCCCCUGCUCUUUGCGUUUGUCUUGGUCGGCAUCGUCCGCGACCGCUCCUUCGACGCCGUCACAUGGUCCUCGAUCAGCCAUCUCCUCCAGAGUUCGUGGUGGCCGCUGCUGUUGCAGAGCGAUGGCGCCGCAGGCAACUUUACGGGCAAAAUGGUCCGCUGGCGCGUGUUUGGCAUCUCCCUAACCGUGACUCUGGCGACCGUGUGUCUUGUCGUCGCAAACUUUCUCACCCCGAAGCCGCUCUUGGAGAGGAUCAAUCCGUCUCGCGGGCUGCAUGACGUCGAGUUCUUUUACGUCCCAGACCCCUCGUACUACGGCAUGGCGACCCUGGACCGACAGGGCGUCAAUAGACGGUGCGGCUGGCAGAAAUGGAUGGACUGCCCGCACUCCAUCUACGACGACCCGGCGGUCAGGAACCGAUACCCCAACCACACGGUGAUCAACUCGACGAUUCCCGACGUGACGCGAGAUCUCUUCACCAGCGGGACCAAGAUCGGCACCGUCGCCAACCUUCUCGACAUCGAGUUCCGCGCCUACAACCUCGUCAACAACUGGUACGUGGACAACAACGCCAGCCGGGCGGUGGGGCGUCUCGAGGUGCUCCCGUCCAUGAUCCUCAACGAGGGCUACCACCUGGUGAACGGGCUGAUCAUCGACGCGUUCAGCGGCGGCGUCGGCAUCCGCAACCACACCGUGCCCGGCGGGCUCGAGCUCGGCGCGACCUGGACGGAGGACAUUCUCUGGAUCGUCCCGGAGACGCGGUGCACCAACACGAACCUGAGCCUGCACUUCUCCGUCAACGCCAACGCCUCCAACUCCAUGUCUGGCGACGACGGCUUUUUACGGGACGACGGCGGUUUCGCCGACAUUCCCGCCUCGAUCCCCUCGCCGCGCUGGAACGACCCGGACGACAAGUGGAAGGACGUCGGGGCCACGCCGCAGCUGAAGCGCAGCGCCGACAUUCUCGCCUGGUGGAACAACCAGUUCGUCGUGCAGGUGCUCAACAUCACCACCUCGGAACGCGGGGACGUGUACGCCGGCCAAUUCAACACGUUUGGCUAUCUCAGCGAGCCCGGUGCCAUCAAGAUCAGUAGCAUGGACGGCAUGUUCCUCGACGACAUUUAUUACAAGAGGCAGGCGACGCUGGAGUCCAAGUUUAAAGAUUACG